ACUCUUGUCUCUGUCUCUGCAGCAGCACCAGCCAGCUCCCUGAUCCUGUCAGCCAUCCAGCUCCACAGCUUUGUCCUUCAGGCACCAUGAGGAGCGCCAUGCUGUUCACAGCUGUCCUCGCCCUCAGCUUGGCUUGGACCUUCGGGGCUGUGUGUGAGGAGCCACAGGGGCAGGGAGGGAGGCUCAGUAAGGACUCUGAUCUCUAUCAGCUCCCUCCAUCCCUGCUUCGGAGACUCUACGACACCCGCCCUGUCUCUCUGGAAGGAUUGCUGAAAGUGCUGAGCAGGGCUAGCGUGGGUCCGAAGGAGACAUCACUUCCACAGAAACGUGACAUGCACGACUUCUUUGUGGGACUUAUGGGCAAGAGGAACAGCCAACCAGACACUCCCACCGACGUGGUUGAAGAGAACACCCCCAGCUUUGGCAUCCUCAAAUAGACCCCCAGUGCAGAAAAGCACUCUACCCCUGGACCCCGAUUGCAUCGUAAAGCACUGCCUGCUUCUGCUUCCUUUUCUCCUCCCCAGCCUGUAAGGCUCUCCUGUUGGCUCCCUUCCCUACUCUGCACAGAAGCUGCAUAUGAACAGCCUCAACCCCACAUCAGUUAUGGUUUCUGUAGUGUCCUGCAUUAAAGAUACUCUGUCUCCUCUUCAACAAUAAAAGGUUUUUACAAAGGA